CGUUACGUCUCCUCUUGGGGGGGAAGGACGCGGGAAGGGAACUCCGGUCCAGCACGAGAGAAGUGCUUAUGAAAGGGGAACCAUAGAGGCACGAAAUCCGGACUCUUUUUCUGUUACGGGGGCAGUAGGGACGCGUCAGGAGUGUACUUUCGCCCCCCCCCAGAAGACCUGCCCGUAAAGAGCAGUGGAGAAAUUCGAGAUUUUUAGCGUAGCCGUGACUGCAAGAGAAACAAAAAAGAAACUUCAAAGUUGACAACAAAGGCAGACUGGGCUUGGUGGCUUCUGCUGAGGAUAGUGUAAUAUUUGGUGGCUGAAGACACUGAUGUGUGUGCAGAUGCCGGGACACCUGUUGAAGUUGAUAGCUGGCUCUCUACAAAACAGUCCUAUCCCAUAUAGGAAAUCCUAAGUACAUGUUGCUACAGUAGCUGCCCAAACUAGAUAGAGUAGCACAGGCUUGGAGCAGCAGUCAUGCUUUCUCUUCAGUCUGACCCAGUUUCUGGGGCAGCAACUGUUGCUGCGUCAGCUGGAAUUCCUUGUGCAAGGGAUUGGAAGAGAAGUCGCUACAGAAGUUGCAAUGCUGAGGACCUGCGAGCCUGGAGGAGAGAACGUGAAUCAGCCUUGAGGAGUGCACGAAGGCUGCAGCAGUUGACCAGUAAGCGGCUUUUACAUGAGGACACCUUGACAGAGGAAGAGCAAGUCAGAAAUGAUGCUGAGACAGCAGCUCUUUUCUCUGAAGAAGAGAUUUUGCAGCUGCUGAAAAAGGUCCAGAAAGGAACGGAAGAGAGAGUGACAUCCCUGCGUCUGCUUCGACGAGCGCUGCGGCUCAGAGACAACCAGCAGACAUUCAUCAGGCUUGAGGGCAGUAUGCGUGUGCUGAUUGGCCUCUUCACCAGCAAUCUGCCAGAUCUGCAGAUGGAUGCUGCUCACUGUUUACAUGAACUGUCGCACUCCAGUGACCCUGAUGUAGCUGCGGCAUGCUUGCCAGCAACCUCCUAUCUCCUCACCUAUCUCUCUGGACACAGUAUAGCCCUCAUUGAAUUGUGUUUGUACACUCUGGGGAACCUGGUGGUCGAGAUGAAGGCAGUGAAGAAGCAACUUCUGCCCCAGGGCAUUAUUCCAAUAUUAGCAUCUUGUAUCAAGUCUCCUUAUGUGGUGGUGCAGGAAGGUGUUGGCUACGUUCUUUCACAACUCUUGCAAUCCAGGGAAGCACAAACUGAAAUUGUACCCUUAAUCUUAGAUUCCACUCUUCCCCAAGACAUGCUUCACUUGGUUUGUUCCAACAUAGAAGAAGGAAUAGGAGCUGCAGUGGAAUGUGCAUGGGGUCUUCAUUACAUUAUUUGCAGCCAGGUGAACAAUUCACUGCUUAUCUCCCAGAGGAUUGUACCGUCCCUAGUACAGCUAUUGGUAGAACUGGCUUCUAUGCUAUCAACCACUUCCACUGAGGGUCUGGAAUUGUUGCUCUGUCCUGUGGUGCGUUGCGUUGCCAAUCUUCUUGCGGAAGAUGGGGCAGUUGUUGGUCAGCUAGUAGCAGACGAAGAGUGCCUUCUGAGGGUCUUAUUUGUUUUUAUACAGUACUUUUUUGUCAAACAUCUCUUUAUUGUCCAGGAGUGUUUAUGGCUCAUCAACAACCUCACAGCUGACAGUACCACAUCAUGCUGUGCUCUGCUCAACCUGGACCUCUUUCCACCUUUAUUGCAGCUUUUAAGUUCUCACCACAUGGUGAAUUUGCUGGUCCUAACUGUGCUGUGUAACACAGCUGCCAAGGGUGCUGUCUAUUGCCAGACACUCUACAAGAAAGCUGUGCUUCUGCCUCUCAUUGGCAUCCUUGCCCUUUCAGAUACUGAAGUGGUGGGUCAGAUUCUGGAACUACUGCAUCUCCUCUUUCUUCACUGUCCAGAGGCUGCCAUUGACUUUGUAGCUCAAGCAGGACCACAGGCCUUACAGCAGCAUCUCAACAACCUACAGCUGCAAGAGCGAGUCAAGGCACUCAUUCAGACUGUCAGUGAACUAGGUGCUCCCUCCCUCAACUGACCCCUUGUUGCUUCAGAUAAAGGACACAGUUCAAUUCUUUACAGAGUUGGGACAGUGACAGAUGAAGAACAACUGCACCAGCUGAUGGCAAACCUGACUCAGAAUGUAGUAUGAAGGAUAAUAACAGCGAAUAAGAAUA